AUGGCUCCAAGCAGAGGUCUCGAUGGGUCGACUCCGACCCAAAACUUCGAGCUUCCUGAUGAAGAAACAUCAGACUCCGAAACCCCCACACUGGAGCAAGACCAAUUCAUCAGCUCCUCCGCGGCAUCAUCAAACAUGGCCGACGACGAUGACGCCCCACUCUCCAUCGAGCCAGCUGGUAGCUCUUCCGAAGCCACUGGCUCAGACUCUGAGCCAGAAGGCCCUCCGCUAUCAAAGAGCGCCAUAUUCCACCACUCCAGCUCGUCACUGCUGAUGUCCAACACCUUCGCGCCCCCAUUCUACAAUCGGCCACCCACGCCCUUGCCACCAUCUCCCUCAUUGACCUCCCUCCUCCGACCCUCCUUCUCCACGACUACUUCUCGCCAUUCUUCACCGGAAGUGUCCGACGUCGAGACGCCUGGGGACACAGAGUCGGCUGUGGUAAAAUCAGCGCGCAUAACGGACCUUCCGCGCGCGCACCCCAAGGUGCCGACAUACGAAUACUACGGCUUCCUCGUCUACAUCAUGUCUUUUUUUGUAUUCCUCCUCUACCUCGCCUGGUCCUACCUCCCCGAAGCGGUCCUCAAAGGAUACAUCAGAGUCUCCUACUACCCUGACAGAUGGUGGUCCCUCGCCAUCCCCGCCUUCCUCGUCAUGACGAUCAUAUACAUUUAUGUCGCGCUCGCAAGCUACAACACGGGAUACCUGACCUUGCCGAUGAACAGUAUCGGAAAUAUUGUGGAUGAGGCGGCGAGUAUUGCCGUGGUGGAUGGGAAGGGGAAAAUGCAGAAUAGGAGAGCGACUGGCAAGAGAACACAUAUCACGCUGAGCUCACCGGAUGAGAUGGAUUGGAAGAGCAUCUGGAAUGAGGGGACGGAUGCUGUUAUGGAUGUGCCUGUUGGUGGGGUGUGUGAGAUAUUGUAUGGCUCUCGCGAGUCCUGGAAACUCGAGAUCGUCUCAAUUCUCGCUGUACUCGGCGAAAGCAACAUCAAGAUCCAUGCACAAACAAUCACAGCAUCCAAAGUAUGCCUGCUCCCUCGCCUACUUCCUGCUCCACAAGCCUUGCUUCGAGAACGGAGACCGAAGACAUUGCCAUACAUUGAAGACGUCAAGGUCUUUGGCACAAGGUCUGGGGGAAAGCGAGAAGGUCUGAACUUUGCGGCAAACCUCAUCCAUAAUAUCGAGCGUUGUCCGGCAUACUGCGUGCAGGAGGUGCGUAUUUCAGACGGAAAGGUGGAUCAUCCAAUCACGUACCUCACACUUGCGCCUCUAAAUGUCCUUGCCAUGAUCAGCUGCUUGUUGUCCAUCGGUUUGAUCAUCUGGUCUAUCAUCAUUCACGAUGGGGUAGCACUCAUUGCCUUGCUCUUGGCUUGCUUUGCCACUUCUGCCCUAGGAUACGCAUCUUUAUGGUCAUUGAGUGACAACGGAAGACGUGCCCGUCGUCGGGCAGCCGAGGAUAAAAUCGUGAUCCAGAUCCGAGCUGGAUCUUUCAUUGUGGUCUCAUGCCCCGAACACAUCGGUCGCCGCCUCUAUUUCGCGGCUGAAAUCGCCAACUAUGAGCUGGGAAGCCGAUCAUCUCAAGCCUUUGGUGGGGCUGCCGGCGGGCUCAUGAUUAUGGCGGCUGUUGUCCUUUUCGCAAACUGCAGUUGGACUAUGCAAGCGGCCAUCGGCUUCUGCUAUGCCGUUUUGAAUGUUGCAUACUGGCUCAUGACUGCCGUGCCGGACGUCCUCGCUUGGGACAUGAGUGCUUUCACGGUUUCGAUAGUGUCGUCUAUACAGGCGGCAACCUAUACUGAUGCAUUGUGGAGGGCCAUGUAUCUCGCAGGCUCAACGACAUGGGUACGUGACGGCCUGCUCCCCAGCGCCGAGGCAUGGAAGUUAUGGAUCGAUGAAGCUGAGGAUAAUCUUGAGAAUGAGGACUGGGACGCUCAGGAAGCUCUACAUCAAGUCAUGGAGAAGAAGUCGGUGUGA